CUCUCUUCCUUUCUCCCUCGCGCAGCACGCUCGGAUUCUUCCAUGUCCACGGCUGCUCGUCGUCUUCUCUACAACUCCCGAUUCCCCGCUGCGAGGACCAGCAGAAUCUCUCAGAUUCUCUCUCUAGCUCUCUCUCUUUCUCUCUCUAUAACUGAACCUGCACUGCGGACUGAGCAGGCGGAGCGAGAGAGAGAGGGAGGGAGGCGAGCUGAGCUGAGCGGAGCGACCCAUCGGCGGUUUCCGAUGGAGGCGAGGCACCGGCGGGCGCGGCCGCGGCCGCAGCUCGACCGCCGGAACGCCAUCAAGAACAUCGACUACGACGCGUCGUCCGCCUCGACCUCCUCAUCCUCGGCCUCCUCUCUGGCCCUCGACGGCCUCUCGGUCUUCACGAGCUUCCGCGUCAAGGGCGAGGAUGGCGAGUUCGACGUCAUCUGCCGCAGCCUGGGGCUCACGCCCGAGGACUUCGCCAUCCCCAUGGACGCCUGGCGGUCCAGCAAGGCUCGCGAUCUCACUCCUCGCUUGCGCCUCCAGAGCGCCGCCUUUUUAGCUUCCGACGGAGACGCCGACGACGAAUUGCCGCGCGAUGGCGAUGGCGGCGGGUUGGCUGCUGGAGUGGAUAGUAUCGAGCUCGAGAGUGGGAUAUCUAUAUUGAAUGGGAGUAGAAGUUACGGUUCAAGCGGUUUGGAAGAUAGAGUUAGGGUUUUGAGUCGUAGGACUCGUUUUAGGAAUAAAUCAGCGGGCUCUGCUUUGAACGUUUCUCGCCCUUUGGCCGAUGUUAUCUGUGCUAAUCGCGGAGAUUGUGAGAAUUGCGAAACGGAUAAUGCCGGGGGAGGAAUUAGGGGAUUGAGGCCUCCGGUCCUUACUCCGCCGCCAGUUAAGUUGCUGCCUGUUGUGGACAACGUGAGUUCCACUUGGGAAUUGUUGAACUCGUUCGGUCCUCAAGAAGGUCCUGGAGGAGAUGAGGAUUCUCCCGUUUGCCCUUCGAAUAAAGAGGAUUGGUCGGAUGGAGAUGAUGAGAAGGUUAGUAAAGAAAGGAUUUUGCCAAGAAAAGAUGAUUCGGACUCUCAUUUGUCAACUUCUGUUGAAGAUAAGGAGUCUACAGAUAAGGAUGAGGUGGGGAACGCCCCUUCUGCCAACAUUUCAGAACUAGUGCCCAAUGUUAUUUCAGAACCAGUGCGCAAUGUUUCGCCUGAGGGGAGUUUCAGACAAAGGAUCACCUCAUGGCAAAAGGGCGAGCGGUUGGGAAGUGGGUCAUUUGGUACUGUAUAUGAAGGCAUCAGCGAGGAUGGAUUCUUUUUUGCUAUAAAGGAGGUUUCUUUGUUAGAUCAAGGAAGCCAAGGCAAGCAGAGCAUUUUGCAGCUUGAGCAGGAAAUUUCUCUUUUAAGUCAGUUUGAACAUGAGAACAUAGUUCGAUAUCUCGGCACAGACAAGGAUGGUAAGAAGCUUUACGUUUUCCUUGAGUUCAUGAGCAAAGGUUCACUUGCAACCCUUUAUCACAAAUGCAAGUUGAGAGAUUCCCAAGUAUCCGCAUUCACUAGGCAAAUUUUAAAUGGUUUAAAGUAUCUCCAUGACCAGAAAGUGGUACACAGGGACAUUAAAUGUGCUAACAUAUUGGUUGAUGCGAGUGGAACUGUGAAACUUGCAGACUUUGGACUGGCAAAGGCCACCGAAAUGAAUGCUGCUAAAACCUUCAUAGGAAGUCCUUUUUGGAUGGCACCUGAGAUCGUCAAUCCAAAGAAAAGAAGCUCUCAGUCGAACAGAAGCUAUGGGUUGGAAGUUGAUAUUUGGAGCCUAGGGUGCACUGUUUUAGAGAUGUUAACAAGCCAGCGUCCAUAUCCUAAAUUAGAUAAAGCGCAAGCAUUGUACAAAAUUGGCAAGGGUAAACAUCCUCCUCUUCCCCGAUCUUUAUCAAGCGACGCUCGAGACUUCAUCCUCACAUGCUUGCAGAAAAACCCGAAGGAUCGGCCUUCUGCAGUGCAGUUGCUAAACCAUCCCUUUGUGAGGUAACAUCUCUUUGGCUGUGAGGGGCAUCUAUUAUAUUGGACCUUCCCAAAAGAUCGAUGGUCCUUGCGAAUGGUCUUGGGGCUGCAACUGAUUUUCUGGUGUCUUGUUCAUCUGAAAUUUGUAAAUAACACGUGAUGUUGUAUAUUUUCCAUUAGGAAGGAAAGAAGGAGACAGAUGUGUUGACAAUGACUAAGGUUUUCUGCUUCUAGGAAAAGCUUAGAUAGGUGGGUGCAACUUCUAGAGGAUAAGCAAACAAGAAUGACAUCCUUGGAAUCCGUGAUGGAACGAGCAUUUGCUUCA